CUGACCAGACAGACACAGAUGACAGUGAGUCAGUGAAGAUUAUUUCACGGAAACAAGAUGUUCAGCAGCAAAUCGGCAACUUUCGAUCGAGCUCUUGAAAAAGCUACAAGCCAGUUGCUUUUAGAGCCAGACUGGGACUCCAUAUUGCAGCUAUGUGAUUCAGUCAGACAGGCAGAUGUUACUCCAAAGUAUUCUGUACUUGCAAUAAGGAAGAAGAUCCAGUUUGACAAUCCACAUGUGUCCUUGUUUGCUCUACAGGUCCUGGAGUCUUGUAUGAAGAACUGUGGUUCACUUAUACAUGGAGAAGUGGCCACCAAAGAGUUCAUGGAAUUCAUGAAGGACCAAGCUAAGACAAGAAACGACCCAGUGAAGGCCAAGAUUUUAGAGAUGGUUCAGGUGUGGUCCCAUGCAUUUCGUAAUGAGCCCAGCUACAAAGUAGUGCAGGACACAUUUCAUCUCAUGAAGAUGGAAGGUUACAAGUUUCCCACGCUGAAGGAGGCAGAUGCCAUGUUUGCUGCAGAGAAAGCUCCAGAAUGGAAGGAUAGUGAUGUGUGUACCCGAUGCAGGGUGGCUUUUGGCAUGGUGCAGAGAAAGCACCAUUGCCGUAACUGUGGGGAGGUAUUCUGCAGCAAGUGCUCCUCAAAGAACUCUAUCAUACCAAGGUUUGGAAUUGAACGUGAAGUACGAGUUUGUGAUGCCUGCUUUGAUAAUCUCAACAAACCUUCAGCAAAAGCUGGCUCUGAUGAACUGCCUGCUGAGUACCUGGCAAGUCCCCUUUCCAAACAGCCACAGCAGAACCCACCUGUCAAGUCUGAGCAGGAACUUCAAGAGGAAGAAGAGUUGCAACUGGCACUUGCUCUGUCUAAGAGUGAACAUGAAACCAAGGAGAAGGAGAGGGAGCGUCUGCGCCAUAACUACUCCCUGUACAGCGGUGAUGAGAGAUCCUCCUCCCCGCAGUCAGGGAAAAACACUCAGAUGUCACAGCCAGCUGCGGCUGUGACCACCAUUGACACGAGUGACAUGGACCCUGAGUUGGCUAGGUACCUCAACAGGAACUACUGGCAGCAGAAGUCUGAGCAUCAGAAUGUAAUAUCGACUACCACACCCUCUGCUCCUGUAGUUACCACUGAGCCCAAGACAUCAACAGUUAAGACACAGGAGGUAAAUCAAAUACAGACGUACCCACCCUACCAGAAUGGUGAAACAGAUGAGGAUCAGGCACAGUUUCUCAAUGCCCUCAACAGCAGCAUUGAGAUUUUCGUCAAUCGAAUGCGCAGUAACUCACAACGUGGUCGCAGCAUUGCCAAUGACUCAUCAGUACAGUCAUUGUUUGCUGUUAUAAGCAACAUGCACCCUCAACUAAUGAAGUACAUCCAGGAGCAAGAGGACCUUCGAAGUCAUUAUGAAAGCCUUCAGGACAAACUUGCUCAGCUACGAGAUGCCCGUGAGGCCCUGGAUGCCCUGCGUGAGGAACAUCGUGAGAAGCGUCGGCGUGAGAUGGAGGAGCUGGAGCGUCAGAGGCAGAUACAGAUGGCCCAGAAGCUGGAGAUCAUGAGACAGAAAAAACAUGAAUAUCUAGAGAUGCAGCGACAGUUGGCAUUACAGCGCCUGCAGGAGCAGGAACGAGAGAUGCAGAUGCGUUUUGAGCAGCAGAAACACCUGACCCAGAUGAGGCAGAUGCAGGCAUACGGCUACCCCCAGGGCAUGCCACAACAGAUGUAUGGUCAGAUGCCUCCACAGGGUGUCCCAGGCCAGAUGCCACCCCAAGGAAUGCCACCUCAAGGGCCCCCUCAUCUGCAACAACAGGGCCCACCUCAUGGUUUCAGCCCUGUGGGGUCAACAGAAGGCUCUCCAGUCCACCAAACUGGGGGCUACAACCAACAGGGUCCCAAUAUGAUUCCACCCGGUGGUGGAGCCCCAUCUGCUCAAGGAAUGUACAUGCCCCCUAACACUCAACAAACAUACACCCAAGCAGGGCCUCCCAACAUAGGAUAUGCCCCACCACAGGCCAGCAUGGCAGGGGGUGGGGCAAAUUUACCUGGGGGAGGGGCAACAAUUCCUGGGGGCUACCAAGCCCAUUUACCUUCUCAGACGCAGACAGACGGCAGUCAAAUGGCAGGUCCGCCCCAGGGUAAUUUUGGGGCAGGUCCAGGUGGAGUAGGAUACCCGGAUCAGGCUCCCUCCAGUAUGCCCCCACAGAUGCCAGCCUCAGGGGGGCAACAAGCACCUGCUGCCCCGGGCUACGCAUCAAUGCAACCUAAUAUGGAAUACAACACUUUCAACAUGCAGAACAUGUCAGGAGCCCUUCCCCCUCAGAACCAAGCUGUUUACAACAACCCCCAGCAACAAUACAUGGGACCUCCUCCCAACCAGGGACAGUUCCAGGGGGGUGCCCCUCCACAGCAGAUGCCCCCACAGAACCAGCCACCUACCCAUCAGGAGAAUGAGGCGUCACUGAUAUCUUUUGAUUAAUGUAUUUGUUUCACUUGUGACAUGAAUUGUUUGUCUUUAUGGUGAUAAUGGAUGUGUUUUAAUCAGAUGAAACAAAGGCCGACCAUUUAUAAGUAUCUGUAUGUUUCAUUGUUGCUUAAUGGUUUUGUAAAAUUUGGAGCUAUUUAACAAAAGUCAUAAUUUUAAUGUGUGCAGAGUGUUUGCCUCUACAAGCAGUAGGACAGUAGAUCUGUUAUGGUAGCAAGUCCGAUCACUGAGAAAGCUACCAGUUUGUUUCCUUGUUUUAUGGAUAAGAGUUUUUGGGGCAGUGAUUUAGCCUAGUGGUUAAACCAAUCGCUCAUCACAUCGAAGGCCUGGGUUUGAUUCCCCACAUGAGUACAAUGUGUGAAGCCCAUUCUUCGUGUCCCCUGACGUGAUAUUGCUGGAAUUAAAACCCAACUCACUCUGAGUUUCCACAUGUGGAAUAUCCUUUCAUUUCAAUUUCAAGCAAAGGAAUAUAUCUCAGUUUGAUCAGUAUAUAUAUGGUGGGGACUCCACCUUUUUCUUUCUGAAUUUUGAUGGAAAGGUAGUGUUGACAGAUGUUGACUACUGUCAAUGAAGUCUUCACGUUUGCUAAAUCAUGUUAAAGUUAUGACUGUUUGUAAAAUGAUCUGAUUUUUUGUUAUAUGAUAAUCAUACUUUGUCAGAGCUGAGAUAUGUAAAAACAACGAGCCCUAUACUUGAAUGGCUUGUACACACUAUGUUCCGUGAUCACCCUUGCAUGUAUUUGGAGACUAUGUGGUGUAGUAUUAUUUUCUGAUCAGUGGAUCAAGCCUGAGUCUACGUUCAAGCAAGAUGCUAGGGAGUGCACUGGCCAAUGAGGGUUCAGGUUACAGCACAUUAAUGGCAGUAUUUCUUGCAUGACAGUGUGUAACACAUGGCUAUAACAGUCAUCUGCUCCACGAAUUCUUUCAGUGUUUCUUAGUUUGUUAAGGUUCAUGAGUAGAUCUCAUUGACUACCAUGAAUUGCACACAGUUUGGUUUGAUUCACUGACUGAAACUAGACAUGUCACCAAUACACCUUAAAGCAUCAAUGUUUUUAUGGCUAUGGAUGAACAUAAUGUUUACAAGCCUUGGAAGUGACAACGGAGCCCCACAUACAGUGAUAUACUCUGAUAAUUUUUAUAUAGCUUCACUCUCAAAAUUAUUUCAGCAAUAACCAUGAUACCAGAUGAGUAAUGUUCACAGAACAUAAUUAUACAGUAUAAUUUGUGCAUAUAUACAAUGUGAUCACACCUAUCUUAUGGGACUUUUCGUCAAGAAUAUGAAAUCAAGAUCUUUUUAACUUACUAUCUGCUGUUGAUAGACUGAAAUUGUGCAAUAAUCAUUUCAAAUCUUCACCAUGAUGAUCUAAUCAAAUCAUGUGAUAGAGAAUGUGACAUGUAUCUUCUAGUAGGUUGUGUGGUAUUCUGAAGACUUCUCUGAUGUUUUAGUGGUAUUUUGUUAUUGAGCUCCAUCAUAACUGCUUGUUGCAACAUCAUCUAAAGAGAAAUUAAUGUAUGCACCGGUGUCACACUGAAUGUAGAAUCCGCUUAUUGUAAUUAUUGAUGAAAAUAUUCUUGAAGCGAUUCCUCCCAUGUUCAUCUCCGAUCCUUGUUUGAAUACGCUCACUACUUGUGACUGCUUGUCUUGUCAGCAGGUGUGGCUCAGUAUAACUAUAUAUACUGAACAUCAUUGAAAACACACCACUUAUAAAAGUUCAGAGUAUUAAAAGCAUGUGUAAGGAAUUAAUAUUUUUUGAAUGGAUAAUAACAGAUGAACGACUGA